AUCCGUAGUGAAGUGAAGAAUAAGAUUUGGGAAAAAAGUGCCAAAUUUCGGAUGUUUAGAUACGUAACGACGUAAUGACGGAGAAAGAAAAUAACUGAAAGUAUAAGGAUCUCUGGAUAAAUAUUGCAAAGUUCAUUGGAUUUGUUUCGAUCUGUCAAAGAGUUUGAUAGAGACGAGACUGAGACGAAUAAGCAUACAAGUCGGAAACACAAUACGCCGCCGUUGCCUCCGAUUCCUAGUUAUUCCAUUUCUCUUCGCUGUCAGAUAAGUAGGUGAUAAAAAUACGACGCCGUCGAAAACCUUCUCCAGUCACCCACCGCCGUCGCUGUUGGCCUGAUUUCAAGCUGUUCCACUUCUCCUUGCCGCCGUCUGUUUUGAGUUAAGCAUAUACAUUGAAGAAAUUUGGCCCGGUGUAAUGGAUUCUGGAUCUGCUGAUGUAUCAAAUUCACAACCUGUUACAACAUCAAGUGUAGCAAGGUCUACUGCAGUGGAGUCUGCACCAGUUCAGUCAACAGAAGAGGCGCCUUCAAAGAUCUCUACUUCAGGCAUCUCGUCAUGGGCCAAAAAUUUAAAAAUUCCACAACCGUUCACUGGGUCCCAAGAUGAACAAUCAUCUGGAAAUGUUCCCAAAUCAACCUUUGCUCGUUUAACUGGUGGGCUUGGAAUGCGUCUGUCCCCUAAAUCUCCUACAUCUCCUACAGAUGAACAUCUUGAUGGAACAUCACCAACCAGUUUAUUUGGAACAUUCACCAAAGGAUUGGUUGACUCUUCAAAGAAUGCAGUGAAGGCUGUGCAGGUUAAAGCGCGACAUGUUGUAUCCCAGAAUAAGAGAAGAUAUCAGGAAGGAGGAUUUGAUUUAGACUUGACCUACAUAACAGAGAAUAUAAUUGCCAUGGGAUUCCCUGCUGGUGACAUGAGCUCUGGCCUUUUUGGCUAUGUUGAGGGGUUCUACAGAAACCACAUGGAAGAAGUAAUUAAAUUCUUUGAAACUCAUCAUAAGGAUAAAUACAAAGUAUACAAUCUUUGUGCUGAAAGAUUGUAUGAUGCUUCUCUAUUUGAGGGGAAGGUUGCUAGUUUCCCAUUUGAUGAUCACAACUGCCCUCCUAUUCAACUCAUUAUAUCGUUUUGUCAAAGUGCAUACUCAUGGUUGAAGGAGGAUAUCGAAAAUGUUGUGGUUGUGCAUUGUAAGGCGGGAAUGGCAAGAACUGGUUUGAUGAUCUCUAGUCUUCUUCUAUACUUGAAGUUCUUUCCUACAGCAGAGGAGUCUAUGGAUUACUACAAUCAAAAGAGAUGUGUAGACGGAAAAGGACUAGUGCUGCCGAGCCAGAUUAGAUAUGUCAAGUAUUUUGAACGCAUCUUAAUGUACUUUAAUGGAGAAAACCAGCCUGGACGCAGGUGCAUGCUCAGAGGAUUUCGCCUGCAUAGGUGCCCUUAUUGGAUAAGACCUUCUAUCACCGUAUCUGAUCAUAAUGGUGUGCUCUUUUCAUCCAAAAAACAUCCAAGAACCAAGGAUCUAUCGCCUGAGGAUUUUUGGUUCAAUGCACCAAAGAAAGGGGUAGUGGUUUUUGCUCUUCCAGGCGAGCCUGGCCUUGCAGAAUUAGCUGGGGAUUUCAAAAUUCAUUUUCAUGACCGUCAAGGAGACUUUUACUGUUGGUUGAAUACAACAAUGAUAGAGAACAGGAAAGUCCUGAUGAUAAGUGAUCUUGAUGGUUUUGACAAGAGAAAGUUACCAUCACCUGGUUUCCAAGUGGAAGUCGUCCUUGCGGACUAUGAUGCUGCCCUUCCUGCUCUUCCCCAAUCAGAAACUGCCACCAAAGAAUCAGCUGACAGUUCAAGUGCUAAUACUGCCCCUGUGUCUAAUCCUACCUCAGGCAGUGAGCCUGCUGAUGGAAGUAACAUGAACCAACAACCUGGGAACAAUAACAAGGACGAUGUGUUCUCAGACAAUGAAUCUGAGGAACCUGGAAUGUCAAAAGCUAGACAAACUAAAGCUGCUUCUGAAGUUAAUGCUCCUGCAGAUGCAAAAACCCCUGGAUCAAAGAACAAGAACGAUUCAGAUAAAAUAUCAAGCUUGACACAUAAGACAGAACAAGUCUCAUUGGGAGACACAAGCUCUGUACACAGCGAGCCCAAAAAAGAUGCCUCAGUCGGAGCUACGUCUAGUGUUGAUGUGUCCAAUCCGGUUGGAGGAGUGAGUGAUUUCAAGGUCAUGGCAGCUGAUGCAUCUGUUUUCUCAUUUGGUGAUGAAGAAGAUUAUGAAAGUGACUAAAGAGGUCUGAUGUGCAAAUUCAUGAAGAUGUACAUAAUAGCUUGCGGGUGCUAGGGUCUAGCUUGUUGGAUUCUGUUCAUUUUAUUAUGUUGUCAUUUUACUUGUUCAGGGCUUGCCAUUAGAUUAUCAGUUUCGUAAAGCUAUGCCGUAGAUUACCUUGGGUUGAAAUUGUGCUAAAUUUACAUU